AUGUCACCUGGACCUUCCUCUACAGCCACAGAAAAACCAGGAUCAGCACGAUCCAAGUUGGCCUGUGCUGCAUGUCGCUCAAACAAGGUGCGAUGUCUGCGGAAUGAAGGGCUGGAUUAUGCUUGUAUGCGAUGCUUGCGUUACGGAUUGGCGUGUACGCCGCCUGCUGUGAACAAACGUCGGGGUCGGCCUCGUCGGACCAGUGGUAACGACAACGACACCAUGCUGUCCUACACCACUUCCCCAACCAACGCAUCUUCGAGCACAGUGUUUAAUCCCUCUUUGAUACAACCUAUGCACGUGGGAUUCACCAACCCUCUUGUAACCAAUACUCACACAACUCACUUCACAACAUCCGUCCUGAAUCCUAUCUCUCACAGUCCUAAUGAUCGACUACUGAACGGUAAUAAAGUAUUGUCCAACUCGUCUCAGCAAAAAUCUACCAAUCGUGGUCCUUCGCAGGACGGCGCGUUGUUACAAUCUGGAAUCCAAGCAUCACCACUAUCAUCAGACGUAGACGGGAAUGGCACACAUCGGAUGAUCCUGUCAACCUCAUGGUUCCAUGACCGGUUGAACCCAUUGGUGGCUGUACUGGAUCCAAAGCUGCAUACAAUACAACACCUGCGUAAUACCAGCACCGUCCUUUUCAGUGCUGUACUCACCGCUGCCAGUCGUUUCGCACGGCCUGAAUUGCAUAACAUCCUUCUUUCCCAUACUCAAACUCUACUUAAUCGUGCCAUCAACGGUGGAGCUGCUGAAGCUGGGAUCGUCCAGACUAUAAUGAUCUUGGUGUAUUGGAAGUUGCCUGCGGAUACAUCGGCAUGGCGAAAGAUUGGCAUAGCCAUUCGCAUAGGUUAUCAGUUGUACUGGCACGUGCCAAGGACUCAGCGGCUACCAGAUGACGAGAUGGCAGCGAGGAAGAUAUUGAACGUUGAGAGAACCUGGAUGUGUUUCGAUAGAGGCCUAAGUCAGACGUAUGGCUUGCCAGUCGCUAUACAGCCGAAUCAUAUGAUGGACGCUCUGACCUGGGCAAGGGAGCAUACAUAUCUUGGACCUUCAGUGGAUGUUCACUUGGCCUCGUCCAUCGAACUCUGCAGGUUGAAGGACCAGUGGCGCGCCAUAUGCGAAUCAACAUUCCACUCAUCCGCAUAUAGCGAAACGGCUCUGGAGAACAUCCACGCGCAAUGUGAAGCUCUGCUAAGGAGGUAUUGGCGGAAAGAAGAUCCACCCCCUGGUUUCGACUACGAGAAAGAACAUGUCGGUUUAUGGGCGACACUUGACUUCAUGCUCACUCUCAAACGUCACCAGCUGGAGACAGCGCCAAACGACCCAUACCGCGUCGACGCAUGUUUGUCUUACGCAUCAAGGAUCACCGAUGAGAUCGAUGCUGUGGCCAAUAAUGGGGACUUGGAGAUCAUGCAGGAUACAAGCUCCAUCAUGGCUUCGUCUUUGACGGUUCUCAUGCGAAAGAUCUUCCACCUAGCCAGCGUUUCUCAAAAACUCCUCAUUAUCAAUCUCCUACAACGCAUCCUCGCUUCGUACACCAGGGCAUCGGGUACGGAGCUGAACACUGCCCAGGCUUAUGUGGCUCGAUUCGUGCAGAGAACGUUACGGGCAAUUGGCAUGGAAUCUCAAGCAGGAUCUCCGCUUGCCCGUGAAGUGGUCAACGGAGACAAUAUCAUGGGUACUGAUGACCAGCCGGACUUUAUGACACAGUUGCAAGAAUUGAUGAUGAUCCCUGACGAGCCGACGGGGACGAACGAUGAGGAUUAUUGGUAA